GGUGGAAGAGAAUUCCGGGAACCGAAUCUUCUGAAUCAUCUUGUUUCUGUAUAUCAUAAAAGAAUCAGCAGGGGGAGUGGAUCCGUUGCCAGACGACAGAAGGUAACGUCUACGCAUGCGCACUAUCUGUUGCUAACAAUGCUCCAGCGCUUGUUAAAUCCGUUCAUUCGGUUAAAUCAGAGGCACCGUUCUUUAACCUGUAAAGGUUUAAAAGCUUUGUGCAUCCACCAACUGCACACUAGUGGUGCUGAAUUUACGCACAGUUAUUGUGAUGGACUGUACCCCGGACACAUCCAGACCACCGCCUUCCAGAAAGCGCUAUUGGCCGUUGGAUCAGGUGUGGCGGCUCUCCAUGACCCCUACAGACACGACAUGGUUGCUGUGCUGGGAGAGACUACAGGACAUUUAGCACUUAUAAACCUCAGGGACCGGAUGAAAAAUGACCCUGAGGGUUACACCAUCCUGACAGAGAGGCCGAGGAUCCGUCUGUCCACCCUCGAUCUGGAAAAGAUGGCCACCCUACCUGAUGGGACGUUUGGCCGAGAGUAUCUCAGAUUCCUGGAGGAUAAUAAAGUGACGCCUGACUCUAGAGCGGAGGUGAAGUUUGUGGACAACGAGGAGCUAGCUUACAUCAUGCUGAGAUACAGAGAGGUCCAUGACUUGUUGCACACUUUACUGGGCAUGCCUACCAACAUGCUGGGUGAGGUGGCGGUGAAAUGGUUUGAAGCUGCUCAGACUGGGCUCCCCAUGUGUGCUUUGGGAGCUUUGCUGGGGCCUCUUCGGUUGAAUGCAAGUCGUCUACAAUCACUCUUCACAUCCUUGGGUCCCUGGGCCCUGCAGAACGGCAGGCGGGCCCGCUGUGUCCUCAGCAUCUUUUAUGAGAGGCGAUGGGAACAGAGAUUGGAGGACCUCAGACAGGAGCUGAACAUCCAGCCUCCUCCAGUCAUACUCAGUGCUUCAAACAGGAGGGGCGCCUGAAGAAGGACACACAAAAAAAGAACUGUUCUACUAAAUUAUGUGCUGGCAAACCAGAAAUAUUGUGAAGGAUGACGUUAUGGGAUUUUUGUCUAGCAGGAUCUGUUGAGGAAAUGGGGACUUUUUUUUAUUUGGCCAUCUGAAUCAUUCAUUCUGUUCUUUAGCUUUCCGUUCACUCGGUUUAAAGUCCUGACAUGUUAAAGUUUCCAUUCCUUAUUUUCUACAGUGAACUUCACCCUGCACAGUCUGCAGCAAUCAGCUUAGAAUGAGUUUGUCAGCAUUUAUUACCCAAAAUACAUUUCAGAUCCCAAAAAUGAACAGCUGCAUUAAAAAAGUAAUAUUUUCACAUUGUUCUAAUAAUCAUUAUCUAUGUUUUUAAACCUUAAAAACCCUAUCAGUAGAGUUUUUGCAGUAUUUCUGAAUGAACUGUUUUUACUGACUGGUGGGAAAGUUGUGUCUGUGCAGCUACAAUAGUUUAACCUUUAGACUUUUAUUAUAUAAGGCACUUACAGAAAUAAAUGCUAUACACAAAUAGAAAUAA